AUGCUUCCAAAGCUAGAGCUGAUAAUACUGUCGGCGACAUUUGCUGUUCACGUCAAAGCUGCUAAAAAAACACCAUCGGCGAGUGUUUUUACAAAGCUAGUAGCUGAAAAUUCAUUUUCACUGCGGAGGGCUCAAUUCUAUCGUUAUUGA